AUCGUUGAGUAACGGUUGUCCUCACGGCAUCGUGGUUAUAUUUCCGCGCCGGUUUUAAAAAUGCUCGAUCAAUCCCAAGAUUCUGACGUGGUUGAAGAUGAUUUUAAUAAACCGGUGGAAUCCAUAAUGAGAUGCGAGGAUUUCAAAAGUAAUUUUGCUAGAAAGCUUUCCAAUCGGUACAUUUCCUGGACUCCGGGUGCGAAAUCCAAAGAUUCUGCCCUAAAAUUAUGCCAAACUGACACACCAAAAAUAAAUGUUCCAGAAAGAAUUGAGCAAUGUUCUCAACUUUCGGCGAGUAUUAUGGAGCAAAAUGGAGAAGUAGUUAAACCACCCGAUAAAACUAUUAAGAAUAACGACAUUCAUAACACAGAACUUAAUGCCCUAAAUAUGGAGGUUGAUACUUUGCGGUGGCAGCUAGCUCAGACUGAAACUAACCGGCAGAUGCAUAUAGCUUUACUCAAACAAAUAGUUACAUUCCUGAACAGAGUGAAAGAACAUAUAGAGUGCCAGAAAACUGAUCUAGAGCCGGAGGAGUUAUCAAACAUUGUACAAAAGUCAAAUUUAGACUUGCCACGUUCAAAAUCUGUUUUUCACGUAGAUAAAAGUGUAGAGUACUCUAUAAGUCCCACCAAAAAAAUUAGUACAAAAAAAAUCAGUAAAUCUAUAAAUAAUGUAAAUGGCUUCAAGGAAUGCAAUCAUUUUUGGGGACACCCAAAAUUACCUUUGGUUUCCGAAAAUGAAAUUGCAAAGAAGCUUUCUGAAGAAAUGUCACGCUUAAUCACUCUUGCCAAUACAGUCCUAAGCACUAAGUUACCUGAUCUUACUUGCACGGUUUCAGUAAAUGGAAAUGAGCACUACCUUAAACUUAUCGAAGAAAUAAAGAUUGUUGAAACAGUACCAGACGAAUCAUUCACAUCGCAAGAUUGUAUUGUUGAGAAAAGAAAUGAAUCCGAUACUUCAAGCCUUAAUUAUAACAGCCUCUCUUUUACCGAUUUCAGCAAAGACACAAUAUUGGGUGUCAUUCAGGCACACAUUCCAAACAAUACCACGCAAGCCCCGUUUAACCACAUCUUAAGAAACGACUCUAUAAGGCAUAAUGAUACUAAAAUAUCUCAAAGCCCAUUUAUUCCACCCGAAGAGAAAUCUUGUAAUAUUGAUAAAAAGUCGGAGUUUAAUCCUGUUCUAAAUUUUAUUGAAGACGAAAGUGGUUUUUCAUCUAUGAAUUCAUUCCAAGAGAUUGGAAUACCCAUUAUAAGUAUAAUUCCACCGUCACCUAGCAAAGACAUCGCAUAUAUGGACGAGUUUCCUGAUGUUAACGAAACUGAAAAGUGGAAGACUGACUCUAUCGAAUUUGAUAAACAAAGCGUCAAGGUGUUUUGGGUUUAAUUUAUACAUUAAUGUACCUUUGUGUUAGAACUGUAAUGUUAAAUAUAAUAUAUUAGGACCGUAAUACUUUAAUUUACGAUGUAAGAAAUGAAAUGUACGCAAUAAAAUUUGGCAUUUAUAAUUUUACUUAUUUAUAAUUUUUAUUAAUAAACUGCCGUAUAUUAGAAUUAAUAUAGAUGUUUGUAUUUGUAUGAGGCAACAUUGUGUUUUUAUGGACAAAUAAAUGCCUUUACUUGUAAUUUGUGUUUAAAAUACAGUGUUUAAAAAUUUAAAUUAACCUUCAAAUACAUGUUGAAAGUCGAAAUAACCUCGUCAUGAACCUUGAAAUUUCUGUGUUAAUUUGCAACCUAAUUUCACUAGAAAACAUGGCUAAAGUACAGUACCAUAAAAUAUGAUAUCUAAAUUUUUUACUUGCAAUGUUUUUGUUUAGUAGCCACAAAUGUGACCCCACAGUUAUCUUGAUGCUUAAAAUCGUUAGGACCUUUGUUCUUGCCAAGACCUUCAUAAGAUUUUUAAAAUCUAAAAUAAGUUUUAAUAAUCUAUUUGGUUUGGAGUUCUACACAAUUUCUACUUCAUUGCUUUUGCUUCUUGAACGGGUAGACGUACUCGACGUUGUUUUACAGGAAGCUUGGUAAGCCAGCUAUAGAGAUAGACGUGGUGUAUCGGGCCCUAUAGGUUGCUCAGUUAUUUUUCAACUUCGUGACAAUAGAUGGCGUUUAUAUUAAAGUAGCUCUAAUGUAAUAAUAAUCUGUCGACUUAUAUCUGCAGUACCACGCAGAAAUCAUGCUUAAAAUCACUAAAAACGUCGUGUUGUAAAAGU